AUGGACCUCACCCAACGCCCCCCUUACACCGCCAUCGACUUCAAAGCCCUCGCCAAAAAAGACGCGUCCUUCAAACAACUAUGGCAAAAGACAUCCGGCCACCUCGACUUCCACGACCCCACGACCGUCAAAACCCUCUCCAGCGCCAUCCUCAACGUCGACUUUAACCUCCAACUCUCCCUCCCAGACGACCGUCUCUGCCCCCCAAUCCCCAACCGCUGGAACUACGUCUCCUGGCUGCAAUCCCUCAUCGACUCCACCUCCCCCACCUACAGCACGACCUACGACCCCGCGAGAAAAGUAACCGGCCUCGACAUCGGCACCGGCGCCUCAGCAAUCUACACCAUGCUGUGCCUCCAAUCCCGUCCAAACUGGAGCAUGUGCGCCACCGACAUCGACAAGAAGAGCUUCGACUCCGCCGCCCGCAACCUCGCGCUCAACAGCCUCAUCACGCGCACCAGACUGCUGCAAACUACGCAGCUCAGCCCCCUGAUCCCCCUCGCGGCGCUGGGUGUCGAUCGGCUGGAUUUUACUAUCUGCAACCCCCCGUUCUUCGCCGAUGAGAAGGAUAUGCAGAGUAGUCUCAAGGGCGAGGGCAAGAUGUGGAAACCGAAUGCGGUAUGCACGGGCGCAGAUGUGGAGAUGAUGUGUGAGGGUGGGGAUCUGGGGUUCGUGACGCGCAUUGUGGAGGAGAGUUUGGUGUUGAGGGAGAGGGUGGGGUGGUAUAGUAGUAUGUUGUGCAAGUUGUCCAGCGCUAAGAGUAUUGUAGAGCUGUUGAAGAAACACGGCAUUACGAAUUGGGCUGUGGGUGUGGUAGACACCGGAUCCGCGACGAAACGCUGGGUUGUGGCGUGGAGUUUUGGGGACUGGAGACCAAGGAAUACAACCGCCCGCCUCGAAACAAUCGCAAACGACACCCUCCCCUUCCCAACAUCCUACUCCAUCCCCCUCCCCCCCACCCCACGCCCCUCUCUCACCGCCCUCCUCACCUCCCUCGCCGCCCUCGAUCUACGCUGGACAUGGGACGCCGCAACAGCAACUGGCAUCGGCGAAGCGCGGGGAAAUGUAUGGAGCCGCGCGUAUCGGCGGGGGUACGAGAGGCGGAAGAAAGAGGGGGUUGUUGAUAGUGAGAUGGGGGGUGAGGAUAGGGAUGGUAAGGAGGGCGAGGUGCAGAUUGUGUUUCGCAUCCGGGUUGUUGAGUUGGCGGGGGAGGUUGUUGUUGAGUGGGUGAGGGGGGGUGAUCGGGUGCUUUGGGAGAGUCUGUGUGGGAUGGUGCAUCGGGGGUUUAGGGUUGGUGGGUGA